AAAUUAUUUUUCAUCCGUCUUCCAUUACAGGUGUGUGGAGAAUCUAAUCAAACUCUUAAUGGCUUGCUGCACAUAUUGCUGGCUUCUGAUGGGGCUUUUAGGUCUUAGCUAUGAAGUCUCCAGGCCCCUCAAUCAGAUGUGCACUGAGCUUUUUACUAACAGAAGCUACAGUUGUGAAGGUUUAGGACUGAGCGAGCUUCCAGAACAACUGCCUUUCACGACCGAAGUCCUUGAUUUCAGCUUUAACUUCUUAUAUUCUCUCCAACACUCAACAUUCAGCAAGCUGAAGGCCCUGGUGCAUUUGGACUUAACAAGGUGUCAGAUUAAUUGGGUGUAUGAAGGCACCUUCGAAAGCAAUAUCUACCUGGAGACCAUCAUCUUUACUGGAAAUAAUCUUCUCUUUCUGGCCACAACAGCGUUUACAGGUCCUCAGUGUCUGAAGCAUCUUGAUCUAACCCAAACAGGGAUCACUAAAUUGACAUUUAUCCCAAUGCAGGACCUUCAUAACAUAGAAACACUGUUACUAGGAAGCAACUUUAUCCAAUCACUGGAGCUGCCACCAGAUUUUCCAACUAGAAAGCUCAAAUACUUGGAUUUACAGAUGAAUAUUAUACAAACAAUAUCAACCAGAGACAUAAAGGCAUUAAAACAAGCUAACAAUCUGACUCUCAAUCUUAGGGGCAACAAGAUUAUGCACAUUGAGCCCAAGGCUUUUACUUCAUUUUCUGUUUACAGUUUGGACUUUGGCAGUUGUAUUAAUAUUUCAGCGAUCUUGGAAGGACUGCAAGGUAUCAGCACUGUUGUCCUCUGGCUCGGCACUUUUUUGGGUGCAGACAACUCUCCCAUUCAACACAGCACAUUGCAGGGCAUCUGCAACAUCUCUGUAGACUAUCUCACUCUACAGUAUCGCACCUUCCUAGAACUUUCUGGUGACACUUUCCGAUGUUUGUCCAAACUCAAAAGAUUGGACUUGACCCACACCUCCCUUUCUGAGCUACUGAGCCUUCCUCAGAUGAAUUUGCUGAAAGAAUUAAAUCUCAACCAGAAUAGCUUUUUGAGUCUUUGCAACAUCCACUCUUCUGCUUUUCCUUCCCUUACCCAUCUCUAUAUCCAAGAAAAUCAUGAGGCCAUGGACUUGGGUUCUGGAUGUUUGGAAUCCUUGUCAAAGCUUCAACACCUUGAUUUGAGCAGGAGUCAUAUAGAAAGCUUAGACUGCUGCAGCAACCAACUUCGUGGUCUGAAUGGCUUGCAACACCUCAACUUAAGCCACAAUCAAAAACUUUCGUUCUACAACACAGCAUUUAAUGAAUGUUCUAACCUGAAAGUUCUUGAUCUCGCUUUCACACACAUCAUCACCAAUAAUUCUCAAGGUCCAUUCCACAAUCUGCGUUCUUUGCAGAUCCUGAACCUUUCUUUCUCUCAUAUUGAUACAAGCAAGCAGAAUAUUUUGCAAGAUCUAAACAGCCUUCUUGUCUUGAAUAUGAAUGGAAAUAGCUUUGAAUCUGGCACCAUUUUCAGUGACAACUUUUUUCAGAAAGCACCCAAUCUAGAGGUGUUAACUUUAGCUUCCUGCCAAUUGUUGUCUAUAGAAGCUAAAGCAUUUUCUGCCCUCAGAAAGUUAAAGCAUGUGGAUCUGAACCAUAACAAUCUUAUUGCAUUCAGUUCAGAUGUGUUUUCCAAUCUCAGGAACAUUUAUCUCAAUUUUGCCAAUAAUAGGAUCCAUAUUAUCCCACAUGAUUUGUUGACUAGCCUAUCUGGCCAGAGUAUAAUCAAUUUAAGCUACAAUCCAUUGGAAUGCACCUGUUCUAAUAUUGGAUUAUUAACUUGGUACAAGCAAAAUAUAGAUAAAAUUGAAGAUUCUGAAGAGACUGUGUGCUCUGAGCCCAAAUCACUAGCAGGUACUAAGCUCUUCUCUAUAAAUCUGUCCUGUGGGUAUAGCACUGCACAAAUAGCAUUGAUUAUGCUUAUUGUGGUAAUAGUAAUUGUGGUGACCUUCAUUUUGAUCAUUUAUUUUUUAAAGCAAAAAUAUGAGCACAUAUAAGCUUUUGAGAGAAAGCAAGUAUGUAGGAAUUUUUAAAAAAAUUGUAGGAAAGUAUUUAUUAAAGAAAGGCAUUUUCUAACAUCAAGGGCUGUUUUUCUAUCAAUAUUGCAUCAAUUAAUCCUGAGAACAUAGAUUUGAGAAUAAAAUGACUGCAAGAAAGGGAAAGAAGUGUGUGUUGUUUAGUAUUGCAUUUUCCAAAUGUUGCAUUUCUAAUUUUAUUCUCUCAGUGUAUCAGGUGAUAACAGGACACCCCUAAGCUCUCAUUGGUGUGGCAGAUAGGUGAAGAAGAUAUUAAUGUAAUACUGUAGAAAGCAGGAGCAAACUCAACUUCCCAAUUGAUUUAAUGAGGUCAAAAUAUGAAGAUUGCGUACCCUCACAGUCCUCACUUUUCCUCUGAAGGAAAAGAAGCCUAUUUUAAAUAUUACAAUUAAUAUGAAUUAGUCAUUUCCCAAAAACGCUUUGUACAGUAUGGUUUAAUACCAAUAUUUAACAUACCAGAAUAAACAUAGUAAA